CAGCCUCCUGAUUGGCUGAUUGAAAGGGGGCUUCUGAUUGGUUGAAUGAAAGAAGGCUUCUGCCCCUCUCUAGGGUGGGACUGCUUUAACCUUUUCAUUUUCCCACCUGCUUUUUCCAUUUACUUUUUCCCCUUCAUACUCUCUUGUUCAAAGUUUAAUUUUUUUUUGUUAAACUCUUCUUUCUCUUCCUUAUGUUUCUUCCUUCCCUACCCCAAACCUACUCUCUCCCUACCUCAUCCUUCUGUCCCUGCCCUGGAAUCGAAGCCAGGACCAUUUCAGUCAGCAGUCUUAACCAUUUCACCACAGGACUGCUUGAUAGUGCUUCUUUUUUCUGGACCUUUUAUUUCACCAGUUGAAUAAGUUUCUUUAAAAGCAUUUCUUAAACAACAUUCUAGGAGGGGGAUUCCCUAGUUUUCUUCCAUGGAUAGCUGUGAUAGUCCAGAGUCCAACAUUGAGAGGCAGGGAUCUUAACCUCUUCACUAGAGGUAAGCCUGAUCCUAUUUGUUUUUUAGAGUCUUUAGAUUUUACCUUUCAUCAAGCACAGCUUAAAAUGUAAUGUGAGAACAGCAAUUUUCUCCACAGAGCGCAGCUGUCCUAGAUAAGAACUCAUAAUCCUUUUAUAUAGAGGCAGCAGUCUUCACCAUUAAACUACACAUUUGCCAGGCAUUACUUGCUUUUCCAGGGCCUUAUUACCUCUGCUUUUUAACAAUGAAAGUUAAAAACAGCAAUUUAAGCCACAGCUUUAACUAUCUGGUUUGAACGAAAUUGCUCCAAGCUCACAUAAAGAGCCUCUGAACCAAGAAACCUUUCAUGGGGAGGCCGCAGCCUUAAAUACUACACUGCAGGUUGGCCCGACAGUACUUGCUUUUCCAGGUGCAAUAUAGUUUAAUUUUCUGGUUAUGAUAAUUAAAUACACAUCUAAACAUAGAUGCUAGUAUAAAUGUUUUUUUCUUCGCUUACAGGAACCAGGAAAUGACUCUGUCCAGGAUUUGAAACCAGGAUUCUUUGAUGAAGGAGCAGUAGUCUUCUCCACCACACUACAGUUGAGUGGUAGUGUAGUGAUGCAAUGGUUGAUCAUUGUGUUUUUAUUUUUCUUUCUUCUUCUGUUUCUAACAGAGAAUGUUUGAAAAAUAUCACAACUUAACAUCAAGGUGAGUACAGCGCUUUUUAUCCUUUAUCACAUCGUGCCAUGACAUGCUCCAGUCCGGGAUUUGAAUCCAGAACUGAUGCAUUGAGAGGCAGCAGUCUGCUGUAUCCUGAUUAUCCCCCACACACUCUCCACACCAGCCCUUCUUUACCUUUUCUCUCCCUAAAUAACAGUCACUUCUUUGUAUUCAUAUGUAUUUUUAUCUAUUAUUCGCUAUUCAACUGGUACAAUAAUUAUUUUCAUUAUUAUUGCAUGUAGAGUAACUGCUAAAAAGCUGUUUUGUAAAAAGCCAUUUUAACACGAGGAUGUCUUAAAGUGAUUCAGAACAUUCAAAGCUGUAUUUUUGAAAAGAAAAAGUAAGACAUUUCAACAAUGUGAACUGAAACUCUGAUCCUCUCAUCAGACUCCUUUACUUUCUCAGUUGAGUCACUGGCUCAACUUAACCCAGAACUUCAAUUAUGACUUUAUUAGUCCUCUAAGCUAAAAUUGUGGACUUUAAUGCAAGGUUUUUGACCUCUUGUUGUAGCUCAUAGAUACCACAAUUGAUGUAUAAAACAAAUUUAAAAUGAUCUUUUUUGGUCUGAACACAAUGCUAAUAAAACUUAUGACACACUCAAUUCACUUUCAAGAAUGAAAAAUGUCUUUUUGGAGAUAAAUGUCUAACCUCUUCACCCAUGUGCUUCUAACCGUCACAGACUCCAUGAAUCGAUGCCCAUCUCCUAUAUAUUUUGUCACAUGAUCAAUUUCUUCUACCAUUUUCAAGCAACAGGGGGUGGCUCAAUUUACCCUUGGGCUCAACUUACCCCACUCUCCCCUAUACCUACUCGCACCGGCGUCCCAGCGUUUACCUUAAUCACCCUGAUACAUGCGCACUUAAAUUUCAAGCGCGACUGUUGACUACGAAAAAAAGAGGAGCGGAUGGCUUGACCGAGAAAAAUAUGCCUUUCUAAAUGAUUGUCUUAAGUUUCCCAAGCAUACCCGAAAAUGGACUAAGAUCUAACAGCUAAUAUUUACUGUAGGUUUUAUUUCAAAUUGUUCGCACAUGUCAAAGGAAAUGAUUUUAUCUGGAUAUCAUAGAUUUAUAUACCACUAAACUUUUACAGGCAUGUCUUCAGGCAGCUUGAAGCUAUGAGGUCCUGCCGGUUGUAGGCGCUGUUCCAAGCGAGCUGCAAAACACAAAUCGAUUGUUUAUUUUGUGUUUGUUUACAUUUUCCAAGCGAUCAAAUGGCUUCGACUUUACUCUCACCCAUGGUGGAUUAUUACAAUGAUGAAGAAGAGCUUGAUAGCGUGGACGACGAUGAUGAUCGGAGCUUCAGAGGGAGAGACUCAGAGGAAGGUAAGGUUAUAAACCAAGUGAAGCUUGGGCUAGGUCUAAUUGAUGGAGAAGAAACGGAAACGCGCGAUUGUUGCGUAAAUACUGCUACUUUAAGAUUGGAGCGUUUGGGGUUGGAAAUGGAUUAAUCUUUGAUGGUAUGCUCCAUCUUUACAGAAAAAGUAAUUCCCUUAUAUUUAAUGCUGGAGUGCUGGUUAGUACAAGCUGUAGCACCGAUAUGCGCUGGCGGGCUAACUAGCUAACGUGCUGUUUUGGUAACGUGAUCCAACAGCGUCCACCACGUUUCCCGACCCAGCUGAUUUAUUAUGUGAUAAAUCAUCGCACACCAACCUUAACUAAAUAUGUCUCGAGUUUUUAAAUGCAACUGUCGGCUUUUAUCUCACGUAUGGGGAACUAAGUAGCCCACAUUAGCCUCGCAGCAGUAGCGCCGAUCAUUGACGGGUCGGCUGGCAGCUGAAACUCUGCGUCCUGAGUCCACUGCUCUGCCCCCCUUUCCACACCGAUCAGCGAGACAGGACGGAUUGCAGUGAAAGAAAAGAAAGACAGGAGGAUAUCAAGGCGAUGACAGCACUCCAAGGUGGGCUGGUUUCAUGACAUUUCCUUUAAAGCGACCAGCUGGACCCGUUUGGUCCACCUCCGUAGAUGAUAACCGUCUUUGAUACGUUUGACUGAUCGGGCAGUGGUCGGGUUACUCUUUUAACAGCAGGCUCAGCUAACUAAAGCUAGCGCGUAUAUGCUAACCGAAAAUGAAAGCUGCUGAUUCAGCUCGGUGACCGGGCCUGACCGUGUCCUUUCUUGUAAAGGGUUGAUUGUAAAACUAAGACAUAGUCGGUCAACCUCCGCUUCCAAGUCUACCUCAUCGCGUUAGCUUCGUCCGGAAAGAGUUGCCGGUGGGCUGACAAGCAAGUUAGCCGGAGAGCAUGCGGCAAAAGCUCCAAAUAACUGCAAAACCCCCCUCGAUCGUUGCAUUGUAGACUUAAAAUUCAUCCCCACACCGUAGCAGAACUUCUUAAUCUAAAGCCGAGAUGACAGUACAAUACAUGAUCCAUCAUGGCAAACUUGGAUGUUCCCUGGUUUUUCAGUCUAACUCACCGGAGGGCAUUCCCAGGCAGGGUGUUCACCAUUACCUUAACAGUGCCACGCACGUCUAUCCACCCACACAGCUGUCUGUCUGUUUGUCUAGUGCCGGGAAGCUUUUAAAUCUUUAAAGUACAGAACAUUAAAAUGAUCACUCACGCAUUCACUCCUGAGUACAAGAUGGGAAAUACACUGAUCAGCUGUAACAUAAUGACCACUGACAGGUCACGUGAAUAUUGGGUUACUUUGUGAUAGGGCUGGGCCAUAAAAUGAUAAUGAUAUAGGGUACACUCUUGAUCAGAAACCCUCCAUUAUGUCUUUUGGGUUUAAUACCAGAUAAUAUCCAAAUGUGAAAACGCAGAAAACCACUGGAAAUCUACGACCUCGUCCACUUUUAGGGAGUGGAUAGGGGUACUGAGCUCAAUGGCAGGCUAUGAGCGGAUCUCUUAUAGAGUGGCUGGUAGGGAGGAUCCGUUUAAUGAUAUAUAGAGCCCAUUCCUGAGAUUGAGAAAGAUUCACACUGCCUACCUCUGCAUAAUAUUUCUUUUUUGUAUGUUUUUAAUGCAGGAUACUGUAUUUCACCAUAUACAUGUAUACUACGUAGACUUUCUAGGGUGUAUUAUUAUUUUUAUUUUUAUUUUUUGGUGUAAGCCUGGCUUGUUUGUAUGUUUUUGCUGGACUGCAGACUCAUAUUUGUGUUGUGUAUAUGUUUUUCUCUGUAUGUGUCUGACUAAAAGAUGAAUAAAAAAAAAAAAAGGUAACAAUAUAUCAAAAAUUAAUUUCCCUCAAUAUCAAUAUAAAACAUGGUCGAUUUGCUUUUCGAUAGUCUGCAUUCUGCCAUGUUUUGGUAGACUAUACAAAUAGCCAAUGAAAAGGGGAGUUGCUCCAGGUUGCACCACAUUGAACCAAUCAUGUGCUGAAUUAGAACCAAGUAGCAAACAACUGUGUAGUAGCAGACUGCAGCUACACACAACUAUAGCACUUUAAAAGGUGAAGCCGACAGCACUGUCAGUGAGAAAAAAAAAGAGUGGUACCCCCCACAGAAAUGUGGAUGACGGCUCAACAGAUGAUGACAUCGUCGACAACACUGGCAUGAAAACGUCUGUGGUGUGGAGGUAUUUUGUUUUUUUGAGGUCGGACAUGAAGCAGAGUAAUGUGCACUGCAAAUCAUGUCAAGUACAUGUUCUCGCAAAGUCAGGGAAUACCUCAAAUCUUUUUCACCACCUGAAGCAGUGCCACGCGGCAGAGCACGCAAAAUGCAAGAGUUUACAAACCCUUAGAGGAGCAAGGAGCCCAUGGCGCCUGUGCAGCCGAAACAGCUGACCAAGAGACCCAAAGACCUCAUAGAUGCAGAAGCUUAUUGUAAUUCAAAAGACAUGCUACCAAUAAGCACUGCUAAAUUUCAAUUUUUAUAUUGUGAUAAAUAUCAAUAUCGACUGGUAUGAAAAAAAAAAAAAUACUGUGAUAAACUUUUUCCCAUAUCGCCCAGCCCUACUUUGUGAUAAAGGCACCUGUCAGUGGGUGUGAUAUGAAAGGCAGCAAGUGUAAAUUAAACUAAAAAAUAGUUUAUUUGUUGGGAAAUGGUAAGGUUGCAAGCGGCUUUGUGAAGAAUUACAUUGUGAUGGCUAAACCGCCGGGUCAGAACGACUCCAAAACUGCAGCUCUUCUGAAGUGUUUCAGGUCUGCAGUCUCCAGGACCAACCAACAGUGGUUCAAGGAAGGGAAACUCUUGAAUCUGUGACAUUAAACAUGAGCAGCCAAGGCUCACUCAUGUGGGGAAUAAUAACUGUAAGCCCAUGUAAGAGCUGCUGGUUAAAGUUACGAAAAAAUCUUAAAGUUUCAUGUUGAUGCAUUUUCAUGAUAUUCAAAAGCAAACAAAUCUAUUGGGGACUUAUAUAAUGUCUGAAACCAGUAUGAGGGGGUAGGUGUGAGAUGAGCAGCUGAGGAAACAACCCUUAUUUCACAGUUACCAUCAAAAAUAUUGACAGUAAGUGACACAUUUGACUGUUAAAGUCAGCAGGGUGAGAUUUUUUUGGUAUAUAGACUCUGACUUGAGCAUGUGGAAGACAAAAUAAGCCAAGAGUGCAUUGUCUGGAAGUUCCUCAUAGGAGCUUGAAUUGUGGUUCUGAUGGAGAACUUGGCAGAACACACAGAGCAUCAGAGUUUAAUGUGCUGCAGGGUUGGACAAGUAAUCUGAUUGUAAUUUAAGUAUGAUUUUGGUUACACAACAUCAUGAAAAUCAAGGUUACACAAAUACUGAGCUGCCUGCUAUGUCUCACUCAUUUUGUUUUAUGUAGCGCACCCCUCCUUCCUCCCGCAUUCAAAUGUAAGCAGUGGAAAAGAUUCAGGUCCAUUACAUCAAGUAUUACAGUCAAAAAACUCUGGAUUAAUACAACAGUCAUACCAACACAAAAAUCCUGUGUUACAGCAGUGAUAGGAGACCCUUAACUGCAUCAAUACUCCACUUUUGAAAAUUUACUUUAAUUCGCAAAUUGUUAUAAAAAACCUCUAAGUCAAACCAGUUAGUUUAAAAGAGUCAGUUGAUGAAGAUGAAACCGUUUACAACAUGUUUAUUCAUGGUUUAUGUUCUUAUCCUGACCAGAAUAGUUUUCAAAUAUAAAUCUCUACCUCCUCCUGACCUGUGGUACCCCCUUUUUUUCCAGACACGGAAGACGCCAGUGAGACAGACCUCGCCAAGCACGACGAGGAUGACUACGUUGAAAUCAAAGAGCAGUAAGUGUUUGUGCCAACCAUGGAUCAGCUGUUUUGACCUCAAUAAAACUCACUUGAAGGUGAAAGUUUUGAAUCUUCGCCCAUGUGAAAGCCAAGGUGAUAUUUUAAGCUCUGGUUUAUUAUUUCACUGCAGAAUGUACCAAGACAAGCUGGCCUCCCUGAAAAGACAGUUGCAGCAGUUGCAAGAAGGUAAUAACUGCUUUUUUAUGACUGAAACUGUGACGACUGACUUUGCAGGGUUGGAUCUGUUUACGCAUGAUGGGGAUUCAUUUAUAUUUGAGAUCCUUGGGGGUGAGAGAUUACAUCAUUGGUACCCGACAACAAACAUAAGCCAUAGAGACCUGCUUUCAUUCAGUCCUAAGAGAUGUCUGUUGUUUACUUAAGCAAACCGAGUCCUGAAAGCUUGGCAGGCUUUUUUAAGGCACUUUAGUCCAUGAGUUUUUAAUUUCUCAAACUGAUGUUGAGUGGCUUGUUGAGAGCUCUGUGUUAAUCCAAACGUAGGCGCAGUGUCAGUCUAAUCUAGUCUACACUGUGGGUGGGUGAUGAGAGUAGCAGGUCUUUGGAGCUGUGGAGAAACACUGAUGACAGGUUUUGAGGAAACAGCUUGUAUCAGAGCUCCCAUAUAAGUCAUGCUUGGAUAAUGGCGUACAGGUCUUAAUCUUCAACAUAAGUCGCCGUUCAAUAGGUGUUUACUCCUGCUGCAUUUUACUUCUUCCUCACAGGUACUUUGCAGGAGUAUCAGAAGAGGAUGAAGAAGCUGGACCAGCAGUACAAGGAGAGACUCCGAAAUGCAGGCAAGUUUAGCAAAAUCUAAAAAUAAGAAUGUAAUACUUCUCUGCUUCGCCUCUGUUGCAUUUUCAGCAGCCAUGUUUGGCGUGGAUUAUUUAAAUUUUGGACCGCUCUCCGCUUAAAUCUUGUUUGGACAGUCAGAAGAGAACAUUGGCAACAAAAGAAAAUCAACUCUUGCUUAAAUCCAACUGCUUAUACAUAUUUUAAAACCAGCGUUGGCCCUCACAGAGUUCUUUAUGAAGCUUUUAUUGAACCUGUUUAACCCCGAAUGUAAAAAUAACAGAAACACGUCUGUUUUUAUCCAUUUAGAUUUUGAAAUGAUCCUUGAAUCUCUACCCCUUACAUCAGUGACUUGCAUUUUCUUGCUCUGGCUGCAUUUCCAAAGUGUCAUGUUGCUUUUUUUUUUGCCAGGAAGAAUGAUUAAAUUGGUUCUGACUAGAAUACAUCUUCAGGAAAAAUCGCUCAAUUCUCUGGUGAUUAGCCCACAGUAAUAGAGUACAGUGAUUGCAUUCAGGAAUGAUUGAUGACUCAAUCACACAAAUAUGUUAAAAGGGUAAAAGGAGUUUUAAAUGCAUCCUUCAUUACCAGGGUCACAGUCUUAAAUGAUGUUUAGAGUUUUUCGACAUUGACCUAAAGCUCUAGUUGCAUAUUGACGUGACCAGCUGUGUUUGUCCUCUCUUCACAGAUCUAUUUCUCCAGCUUGAGGUGAGUAUAACUCAUCUUUCUCAAUUUUGCUUACUUUUCACAUUACAAGAUAAUCAUAUUCUUUUUUUCGUUUCCUCCUGCAGACGGAGCAGGUGGAAAGAAACUACAUCAAGGAGAAGAAGGCGGCGGUGAAGGAGUUUGAUGAUAAAAAGGUGGAGCUGAAGGAAAACUUAAUCGCAGAGCUGGAGGAGAAGAAGAAGAUGAUCGAGAACGAAAAAUUAACAAUGGAGCUGACAGGCGGUAAGGCAGCCAGAACAGGAUUAUUAAUCAGGGACUCACCAAGCAGAAGAGAAAGAAACGAGCUUAAAAAAGUAUGUGGGCGGAAGUGAGAAGUUUCUGUCCUCACAUUUUCAGAUUAAGCCGUCUCAUUAAAGCAGGACUACUUUCAGAUGUUACAUUUAUUACAUUCUUCUGUGUCUGCUUGAAUUAACUCUUCAUGUUCUUUUAAUAAAUCAAAAGUGCUGUUUGAGGAGAAAUUUUCUACAGUUUUGAUCUAACUUUUGAAGCUCCGUUUGUCGUUUCUUCUUUCAUUCACAGACUCCAUGGAGGUAAAACCGAUCAUGACCCGGAAAUUGAGGAGACGGCCAAACGAUCCGGUCCCAAUACCAGACAAACGAAGAAAACCUGCACCAGAUAUCCUUCCCAUGAGUCACUUUGGUUGACUUUGUCAUGAGGAUAUUCUUUAAUGUGUUAUGCUUCUCUGAAGGUCAGCUGGUUCCUGCUAAUGUAGAAUUCCCUCCUUUACGUUGUGCUUAAAAAUCUUCCUUAAUUCUUCACACCUCAGCUAAAUUAUUUGCUAACAGAUGAACAGAUAAUGGAAGAUCUAAGAACACUUAACAAGGUAAUAACUCUGUUUUUAUUGUCUUAUCAUUACACUGUAUAGAAGAACAAAUUCAUAAUUUUGUCUUUUAAUUUUCACAUCUUCUUUUCUUCAGCUCAAGUCACCAAAACGGCCAGGUAUGUGGACUUUCAUCUUUUACUGCUACUUUCCUAUUGUGAUGUGUGAUGAGCUUUCAUUGGAUUUAGGGAAAUAAACCUGUUUCAGAUGUUUUGCAGCGUUUUUAUGAGUGUGGUUAAGUUUGAAAACUAACAGAAGCUUAUUUAGUGAAAUAAAUCAAAAAAAGAUAAAUACAGAGAAUGCUUUAUUGGUCAGUAAGCCACACAGAAGGAGUUACUUUCUGCCAACGUGGCGUCGCUAAAACCUUAGAAAAGCAUCCUGAUCAAAAAGUUCAUAAACAUUUAACUUCUUCCAUCACACAGCUACAUGUCAUUUUACUUCUAGCCUUUUAUGUGAAAAGAAAACAAACACCCUUAUUUCAGAGCUCAUAGGCAGGUACGGUUACCUGUGUCAGUCUUUUUGCUGAGCUAAAUCAACCAAUUUGAUUUAAUAUAAUAGAGAUCGAAGAACAAUGGUGUUGUGCCCCUCAGUGAAUAAGCUCAAGUCUGAGUUCAUUUGAUCAUUGAAAUGAAUCAUUGAUAACAUUUUAACAAUAUAAGAACAUUAUAUAAUCCAUACCUACGUUUUGCACACAGAUACUGACCCCAUGUUUUCCUCUCUCCAGUGUCUCCCUCGUCUCCAGAGCACGUCCCCUCAGCGCCCAUGGAGAGCCCCUCACAACGUUACGAGGCCCGCAUCGAGGAGGGCAAACUUUACUAUGACAAAAGAUGGUGAGAGACAGAAAUGUUCACACACUUAGCACACUGACAGAGAGGGGGCACAAGUUUAACAACAAAACCAGCGUCCAGUUUGUCUAAAUCAGUCUCUCAACUAAAACACUUUGUAGUUUUUGUCACAUUUUAGCACCAGUCUGGUUUUAGUUCAUGAAAAGUCAAACCAUUGCAGUCUCGUUUUGAGCCUUGUGUCUACAUGAAUACUUCGUAUACAGAGGUUACUCCUCAAGCAGUCAGCAGUCUGUGGCUCUUUUUCUGCAAGACUAUCUCUGCUUAUUGGCUAAGGACAUUUGGACGACUGAUCUUUACUCCAAGUCAAGAGAAAAAGAGUUCCUUCUGUGGCCACUGUGGCUGUAUUUAUUUUCUCUAACUUCUUCAUUUUAUGGGAUGGGCUGAGGGAGUCCAGGGAGGCUUAACCCUUAAUGUCCUAGAGUCCAAGAAACGCCCAUGGACAGGCAGACUGGACCGACACUCAGUUCGCUGCUCUCUCAGCUGCAUCUUCAUCUUUGGUGAUUUAAAGUCGAGCGCUAUAACAAAGCUUCAGACUAAAUAUAUUUCCAAACAAGACUGAAAUGAGGUUUCCAUAUAAGGCUGUCAACAGUAAAAACUGCAAAAAUGGAAAAUAGCCCAUAUUUGGAGUGACAGAUUAGAGCCUCAGAGGGGAAAAUGAUGAUCAAGUUAAAAUGUCCGACUGUCCACGUUAAACAUUUCCGCCUCAUUGUCCCGUCAAGGAAAACAACGCGUCAGUUUUUGUCAUCUUUGAUCUACUUUCUCGUCUUUGUCAUGGAAAUAAAAGUUUUGGGCGUUUAUCAUAACUUUCUUUAAAAAAAAAAUUAACACAGUAAAGGUGUCUUAACAGAAAGGAGGGGGAAGAUGGAUAUUAGAUGUUUAAAGAAGACCUGAUUGUAGGAUCUCCAGGAUUGUAAAAAAAAAAGAUUAAUAAUUACAUCUUUAAUGGAGCGCUUUCCCCACUUUCUUCCCACAGCUUGUCUGACCACUAGAUGGCCACAUUGUCAUUAGUACUGAAGUUGUGUGGCUCAUCCUAAACAGACAUUUUUAAACCUCUGUGAUGAAUGUCUGUGUUUGUCCUGGCUGUGGAAGGAGUUCAUUCUUGGUGGCCACUGAAAAAGUGCCAGUGCUUAAAGCUACCAUAAAAACAAGACAUUCAGAGAAGGUGACUGCAUUAAAACCGGCGCAUUGCCAUGCUGUGACGCAGAGAUAAAGAGAAUACAAAUCCAUGACCAGACACGACCCUGAUGUCCUUCUGUUCAAGAGCAGAGCUUUAUAUAAAAAAGAAGAACAAGACUCAGAACAUAAGGUCAUAGGAAAAGGGUCAAAAAACCUCACAAGUGUCUCAUAUGGACAAAUGAAGUUAAGAGGGGCAAACUAUGAGAUACGUGCACUUUUCCACCAAGGCUAAGUCUCCUUUAUUGUUCCCUAAAGAAGACACAAGCAACAGAAAGCCUUCACAAAGGAGCUGCAGGGUGAAACCUGCGUCAUCAGACUUCAGCACGCCUUUAAUCAUCAAACAUUGCUCCCCCUGAGUUGUCUUUGUCCUCUGACAAUUUGCAGCCAUUAAAAAAAAAAAAAAGACAGACUUUUUGUUUUGACUCUCCACUCCAAUUAUCUAUUUAGUGCCAUCUCAGGAGGAAUGCGGUUUAUUCAGCUGGGUGAAAUUACAGAUAAUGAACGCCUCUCCUGUCUGCACUUACGCUCAUCCCUCGGUUGCUCACCUUGAAUGCUGAAUUAAUGUUUUUGUCGCUGGCAGGUACCACAAGAGCCAGGCCAUCUACCUGGAGUCUAAGGACAACACGAAGAUAAGCUGUGUCAUCAGCUCCGUGGGGACCAAUGAGGUGAGCUUCAGUUCACUUUCAGUCUUGUUGCACUGGAUACGCUUCUUUCUAGAGAUAUAAGGCCAGUGGAUUCUGUGUUUUCCUUUUGAUUUCAAAUCCUGUAAAAAAUACUAGAUGUUGAUAUUGUCCCUGCAGCUUCAGUUAAAUCUGCUGUAUUUCAUUCCUCUGUGCAGUGUGGCUGCAUUUUUGUCCAAAAAGACAUUAAAACCGCAUCAGUACGAUCAUCACAGCCAGUCUGAAAAGACUCUUUAUUCCCACAAACAAACUCACUGCGGUUUGUUUUGACUGAGUGCCACACACGCCACUAUGCUGAUGUAAAAUCUCACCAGAGCGCCAAAUGUGUUAAUAAGAAGCAGCUGAGAAUGGUCUCCUAAUGAAUGUAAUAUUCGCUUCUGUCUGAGUGACAAUUGCAAAAACAUACACACAAACAGCACCCAGCUGUUUCAGGAAAUUGACAGCUACUUUUUCCCCCAGUGAUAAGCUGCUCUAGAGCACAGUUACCCCCAAUCCCUCUGAGUUGCUAUGGUUACAGGAAAGCCUUGUAUCUGUCACUCAAGUAAAGUUUAACUUUUUGGAUUUUUCUGGUCAAGAGCAACUCAGUUCAUAUUUUGCAAACCUACACAUUUGCAUAAAAAGCGAGAACAUUUUAUAUCAACUUCAACUGCUUAAUGUCAUGAAAAACAUAAAGUCUGCUGUUUGUCCAGGGCCUGAUUGUGACUCAAAGGGGCAAAAGCAAGAAAAAAAAUUUAGAUGUAGGGUUUAGGUUUAGCUCAGUUUUAAAAUACUGUACCCUAUGUACAAAAACACUAGACAAUCUUUGAAAUAAUUUUUUAAGUUAUCACAUGCAAAAGCAACACACCUGCAUGGUGCUGGCUGAGGAUGAAACAUCAUCUAUGAGGGAAUACUUCUACUGUGGUUUUCCUGCUGUGUGUGAAGCUUGCCAGGCUGCAGUUUGAAAUGGUGAGGUAUGGGUGAAUGUUUCCCCCUUCUGGACAAACAACGUCACUGGCAGUUCACCCAGAAGGAGAGAGGGGUUGCUAAAAAAAAUCCUCCGGAGACCAAAUAGUUAUUUAUUCCAAGGUUAUUUAUUUUUGUGUUUAUUUUAUUGUCGGUAUGACUGACUGUUCAACCAGAUAACAAAAGAAAUAUGUUGCAACACAUGAGAUAUAGUUGGAUGCUGAAUGAAGCUGUUGUUUUUUUUCCCCAAGGUUUGACCUCAGCGAGGCAGCAACAACAAUAGUAUCAUGUCUGAACCGUUCAGUUUUUGGAAUUUGAAGCUGCAAAAUAAAAACAUGUUUACAUUUAUGGACCUGAUAUGAAUCAGUACCAGUGGAGAAAAAUGGAAUCAGAGCUCCUCUGUAAUUUUCUGAACGUCCACACUGAGCAAUGGUAUCUGUGUUUGUUUACUUUCUCCAGAUUUGGGUGAGAAAGACGAGCGACAGUACAAAGAUGAGGAUCUACCUGGGACAGCUGCAGAGGGGAGCGUUUAUCAUCCGUCGACGGUCGGCUGCGUGAAACAUUCCCCCACCCCUCUCCACCCACCUCCCAUCUGUUCAUUUAUCUCUCCAUCCAUCCACCCUCCUUCUCAUCCCCCUGUUUCUUUACCUGGUGCUUCUCAGUUGAGUUUGACGUGUGGCCUCUUACUCUUCAUUACACACACUGUUCCCCCACAACACAAACAUACACACAGACUCAUCAGAUUUAAUCAGUUUCCCACAUAAACCAAUUACAACUGUUUUCCAGCAUUAUUUGUCACUAUGUGACAUGUGUGAAGGCAGUUAGCGGUAAUAAUGGAGCCUGCUUUGAUUCUUUGUCUCGCACUGUCAAAACAACUCUUUCCUGCACCGCGCAGUCUUAUUUACGUUUAUCAUUAAGGUGUUUUCUUGAACAGCUUCAUGUUCCUCCUCAGAAAACUGUUUCCAGGCCUUUCAAACUGCCUCACUGGUGGCAAAACAGAUGAGAAUGAGCUGCAGGUCUAGCUGUUCGUCAUUCACUGAAGAGGUUUUUGACAAAACAAGCCUUUGCACUGUCAUCAAAGAAUAGAGACUGCUUGCUGUACUGAUGGCUUAUCCUUAUACUUUGUUUAAAAGUUCGAUGUAUGAUUUCUUUUGUUGUUUGGAAAAAAAAGUUUUUUUGAGGAUUUUAUGCUAUUUUUUUUGUUGUUUCAUGUGACCCUUUCCAUUCAUGUGAGUGAUCUGAAGUUUAACUGUGUUUGCAUGUUGAGAAUUACGUUAAAUGUUAAUUUGUUUUGUUUCAUUUUAUUAAAGUAUUUUCUUGGUUUUAAUAAA